GAAAGUCACCCUACGAAGCCCUUUUUGGUUGGAGUUCUGCUUCUUCUUUUUCUUCUUCAAGCUCAAGUUCUCUAGAUCUGACGCGUCAAGGUUGAAUCAACGGUGUCAGUGAUGUUGGUUUUUGUUGUACCUAUGAUUUUGAUGAUUACAAAACACAUUUGAGUGACUAAUUGGUUUAUUUAAGUGUGUAGUUAAGUUGCUAAAAGAUUGCAAGUAAACUUGGAUGGCACUAAAAAUAGACCAAAAGGAUUCAAUGUGCAGAGAGCCGGCUCUGGUAAAAUGCAGCCGGCUCUGGUGAAAUGGAAGUGCAGAGAGCCAGCUCUAGAAGCUGCAGCCGGCUCUACAGGCAAAAAUUGGAAGAACGUUGUUUGGCGCGCGUGGAGAAAAGAUGCAAAGCCGUUUCUGGCUUUGCAGCCGGCUGUGAGGGAAUCCCGCAAAGCCGGCUUUGGAAGUUUAAGCCGGCUCUAUAUAGCCGGCUCUAGGAAGUUAAGCCGGCUCUCCUGACAAUCUUGCAACUCGAGCUUCGUGUCCUGCAGGGCAUUUAAUGACCCCCAACGGCUAGAAACGGCUAUUUUCGAGCAAGGGGCUAUAAAUAUGGUUGGUAACAGAUCUAAAGAUUUUUUAGAGAGUAUUGUAUUGAAUAUCUUUACUACCAACUUGUGCUUUAACUUGAGAUUUUGAUCUUUGAGAGAUCUUUGUUUGUAAUCCUCUUCUUGUGCUAUUAGUGAGUGAUCUUGGGGAUGUGUUGAUUCCUUCAAGGGUGAUCUAAAGAGAGGAUCUUUGGGGUUAAAGUGUAAAGGGGUGAGAUUUGAGAGAAACCUUUCUUCUUGUAAAGGAUUGAGUGGCUCCUUUAAGCCACCAUUGUUUUUGCUAGUGGAGAGUGUGGAGGAAAUCCUUGGUGAGUGAAGCCAAGGUAGAGGACUAGGUUCCAAGUGGUUGGACCGAACCUCUAUAAAAUCAUUG